GCGCCGGGCGCGAGCGGACGGGAGGGGGCGGGGCCUGGCCCAGGUACGGCAGCGGCACCGGCACCGCGGGGCUCGGCGGGCUCGCCGCCGGCCUGCCGCCAACCGUCCCGGUGCGUCGCGUCCUUCACCGCCCUCCCGCAGGUGAGGCCUCGCCGGGAGCAGCACUGGGAGCAGCCGCCGCGUCUCCCCGAGGAUCGGGCCGGUGCCAUGAAGGAGGACCGGGACCACCCCGUCGCCCUGGGUCUCGCCGUCACCAAACCCGACAUCCUGGCCGAGGUGGAGCGCGGGGAGGCGGCGGCGGGGGGGCCCUGCGGGGAGCACCGGCGCCCCGGGCCGCACGCGGCGCCCGCCGGCCCCUCCCAGGGGCCCUGGCCGGGGAAGGAGGUGAAGAGGGAGGAGGGGGUGUCCCCGCCGCCCGGCUGCCCCCCGGCCCCACUCGCCGGCCCCGGCGACCUGCCCGGCCCGCUGCGGGGGCACGGCUGCACCUACUGCGGCACCGCCGAGCCCGGGCCCGCUAACGGGGGGUUCGCCCCGCUGCCCCCGGCCCUGGAGAGCCGCCGCUGCCGCCCCGGGGAGUGCGCCGAGUGCGGCCGAGGCUUGGCGCAGAAGCCAGACCUGGUGCGGCACCGGCGGGAGCGCGGCAGCGAGCGCGGCUACACCUGCGGCCGCUGCGGGAGAGGCUUCGGCGAGACGGGGGCCACGGGCAGCCACGGCCGGGCCCCGGGGCUGGCAGAGGGGGGCCCGGCAGCGGCACCGCGGAAGGAGCGGAAGGAGCUGUCGCUGACGGAGAAGGUGCGGGUGCUGGAGAUGCUGGAGGGGCCCAAGGUGUCGCAGAACGAGCUGGCCAAGCGCUUCGGGGUGUCGCAGCCCCAGAUCUGCCGCAUCAUCAAGAACAGGGAGCGGAUCCUGAGCGAGUGGCACCGCCACGGUGACCCCGAGCGCAAGCGCCGGCGGGAAGGGAAGGACGCGGCCCUCGAGGCUGCUCUGCUGCGCUGGGUGGAGGGCGCCCGCGCCGCCGACCUGCCCGGCACAGGGCCCCUCCUCCCGCUCACGGCCAAACCGCUCGCCAGGGCACCGCGCCGGCCCGAGCCGGAGCCCAGCAGCGCGUGGCUGCCCCGCUUUGGGGCUUGCCACAGCCUCGCCUGCCAGCAGCCGCCGGCAGGGGAGGAGGACACGGAGCAGCCCACGGCUGAGCGCUGGGCCAGCGCGGUGCUGCCCGGGCUCCUCCGCAGCUACGCGCCCUCAGAGAUCUACGCCUGUGGCGAGACCGGGGUUGUCUACCCCACUGGUGAGAGCACCGGCGACCGGCUGACGCUGCUGCUCUGCGCCAACGCCGACGGCUCGGAGAAGGUGCCGCUGCGGGUGGUGGGGGACACCCCCCGGCCCCGCUGCCUGCGUGCGGUCAACCUGGGGCAGAUGCCCUGGAGCUACCGUGCCGGCAGCCUGGCCGCCGUGACGGCGUCCCUGUUCACCGAGUGGCUGCAGGAGCUCAACGAGGGGAUGCGGCGGCGGGGGAAGAGCAUCCUCCUCCUCCUCGCCAAGCACGAGGCGCACCCGUACCUCCAGCUCUCCAACAUCAGGAUGGUGUUCGUGCCACCGGCUGCCACACUGGCCCAGCCCCUGGACCGUGGCAUCACCAGCGACCUCAAGGGCCACUACCGGCGCCGGCUGCUGCGGUGGCCACCGGUGGAGUGCAGCACGGGGCAGCCAACCCUCCUGGAUGUCCUGCACAUGCUGGCGCAAGCCUGGGGCGACGUGCAUGCGGGGCUCAUCACCAGCUGCUUCCGUGCCGCCGGCAUCAGCGCCGACACCGAGGCCCUGGCGUUCGGCCAUGAGCAGCUGGACCACCGCGCGCUGAUGGACGAGGAGCUGGAGCGCGAUGAGGAGCAGGCGGACGGGGAUGAGGGGAUGGCAGAGGACACGGGAGAACCGGCAGCGGUGCAGCCCUGCCCCUCGGAGCGGGAGGUCUGGGGGAGCCUGGCCACGCUGCGGCGGUACCUGGAGUGCCGGGCCACCUCUCCAGAGCUCUUCCAGGCCUUCUACGAGCUGGAGGACGUGGUGCACAUGGUGUCGGCCAGCGCCGGGGGAGCCCCCAGCGGGGACACCCCUCCCCAGCAGUGAGCGGAGCAGCCAGCACGCGCCUGGGCCCGCCGGUGCACGCGCUGGGGAUCGGUGCUCAUUGGGGCUGCCACUGGACGCUGGCACUGUCCCCUGCAGCUGUGCUGUGUGAGUUGUGCCGUGGGGUUUGCUGUGGGCCCGCACGGCUCAGGGGCAAAGCGGGUGCCCAGUGGGGAGCACCGUGUUUGGGGCUGCGGAGCCACCACGCUCUGGAUGCCGCCCCUCGGGGCAGUGCCGGGGGCUGGCGGAGGCAGCGCCGGGGGAUGAACCCACUGCCAAAACCUCCUCCCGGGGGCGGCUGUAGGCGGCAGCUGUUGUGGAGCUGCCCUGGGGGGAUUGCCCUGAGUGGGGUAGUUUGUGCUGGGGUGGGGGGACAUGGGGCGGUGCUGCCGUGUCCCCAUGCUGGGGGCAGCGGCUCCUUCCCACAAGGGCUCGGGGUACCGGGUGACACUGGCUGUUGUCACCACGAGGUGCCCAGAGGUUUGCGCCAGGCAUUAAAAAGGCAGAAUUCAGCAAAACGCA